UUUUUUUUUUCUUUUCAGCUGCUGGUCAGUCUUGUCCGCUCAACCAGUAAUCAACAUGUCAACACCGCGGCGAAGCACAUAUGUGUACUCUGGUACCGGGUACCAGCCAUUCGCCGUUCAAGAGGACCGCCCGCUUCCUGACCCGUACCGGUCUUUACGCGGCCCUCCACCUGCCCAAGCCGAGGAAGCGGGUUUUCAGUCCAGCCAGUCGACCAUCCGGGGUUCACCCACCGCUUCGGGCCGGUCGUCUACGGAAUACAGCGAGAGCUAUGUUGGAGACAUUGAAAAAAGCCUGCAUAACGACACCGUCCCUUCCCUCCCUCUCCAUUCUCUCCAGUCAGACAAUGGCAGCCAUGACGGGGAGCAGCAAGACAAGGAGAAGUACGGAGCGCCGGGUGUGGAAAUGAAGUCGACAACGACCACCACCGGCGCUGCUGCGGACCACUCGGGAGAGACGGGAGCACGAGCACGCCCUAAGCUGCCCAUCCGCGAGCGCCUCAAGCACUUCACGUGGGCGUGGUACACGCUCAUCAUGUCCACGGGCGGGCUGUCGCUGCUGAUGCGCGCGCAGCCGCACCAGUUCCCCGGCCUGUUCCAGAUCGGGCUGGCCGUCUUCGUCAUCAACAUCGUGCUGUUCGUGCUGGUCACGUUGGCGCAGAUCGCCCGCUUUGUCCUGUUCCCGGGCAUCUUCGCCCGGUCGCUGGGCCACCGGCGCGAGGGCUUCUUCUUCCCGACCUUCUUCCUAGCGGUGGCGACGUUGAUUACGUGCACGCAGCGGUACUGCGUGCCCGAGGACGCGGACGAGGCCCGGGCGACGGCGGGGACGCUGCUGUGGCUGCUGCGGGCCGCCUUCUGGACCUACCUGUUGCUGGCGACGUGCGUGGCCGUGGGCCAGUACUCGUACGUCUUCUCGGCGCACAGCUUCGGCCUGCAGACCAUGAUGCCGACCUGGAUCCUGCCCAUCUUCCCCGUCAUGCUCUCGGGCACCAUCGCCUCCGUCAUCGCCGGAUCCCAGCCGCCCGAGGAGGCCGUGCCCAUCGCCGUCGCCGGCCUGACCUGCCAGGGGCUCGGCAUCGCCGUGGCCUUCAUGAUGUACGCCCACAUGGUCGGCCGGCUGAUGCAGUCCGGCCUGCCCGACCGGGAACACCGGACCGGCCUCUUCAUGUGCGUCGGCCCGCCCGCCUUCACGGCGCUGGCCUUCAUCGGCCUGGCCACCGGCCUGCCCCAGGACUUCGACCACGACAUGGACGGCUUCGUCGACGCCGUCGUCAUCGAGACCAUGGGCCUGGUCGGCGCCGGCUUCCUGUGGGCGCUGAGCUUCUGGUGGUUCGGCAUCGCCCUCCUGGCCGUCCUCCAGAGCCCGCCCGAGCACUUCCACCUCGGCUGGUGGGCCUCCGUCUUCCCCAACACGGGCUUCGUCCUGGCCACCAUCUCGAUCGGCAAGGCCUACCACAGCGAGGGCAUCCUCUGGCUGUCGACCGCCCUCUCCGUCGUCCUGCUGCUCACCUACCUGUUCGUGCUGUACCAUCACGUGCGCGCCGUCAUAGUGCAGGACAUUAUGUAUCCGGGGCGGGACGAGGACGUGGAGGAUCAUUAAUAGUUUGCGGUGU